GGCGCUAUAAUUUUUAUAAAGGAUAACAUCGCCACUUGAAUUUUUCCUUUAAAAAUUUCUGCUAUCUAAUUGUGAUUUAUGAAUUAUCUCAACUUGUAUUUAUAUUGUUAUCCAACUCUUAAUGAGCUUCUUAUUCAUCUCUACUUUUGUCAUAUCUUUGUUUGCAUUGUUAUCCAAUAAGUGACUAAACAAUUGGCUUAUGCUAAUUUUAAAUUUUCUAGCUUCAACUUUACUUCUGACCAUCACUACCUUUGAUUUUGUAUGCUAUAACUUACCUGGAACAAUAGGAGAUGCUAAUUAAUGAUGUUAAAGCGUUGUUACUCACCAAAAUGAAUGUAAACAAUAACAAGCUGUUAAUACUUUACCUGAUGACUUACAAAAGCUAUAAGAGAUUGUGAAUAAGCUUACCUUUGCUUACCUAAUGAUAUCUAAUGAUUUUCGAUUGUUUUCAUGAAAUUUGAGGAUCAAAGCAAGAGUUAUGAUUAAUAAGUAACUUGAUUUGAUUCUAAUUUAGUGUAGACAAUUUAGGUCGACACUCAAAGUAAAGUUGAAUGAGAAAAGUGAGAAAGAAGAAGAGAAAAAAAGAGUGAGCGAGAAACAAGAAUCUCUUUCUGGACCAGAUACUGUAGUUGGUUAUGUGUAAAGACAAAACAUGUUUUACCACAAUUUGUGUAUCCUGUUGGAUAAAAACUCUCAGUUUAAGAUGUGAUUGGUUUUAAGGAAGCAACCUGUAACAUCACCUUCAUUCGUUUGAUCAUCAUCAUCAUCACCAUCUUCAUCAUCAAUAUCGUUAAUAUUUUUAUUCAUCAACAUUAUGCAAAUUAUUCUGUUGAAUUGGUCUUGAAAGCAAAUUUGGAUUACCAGCUGUUUGAACCAACUUCCAAUAUUUGAAUUUCUAGGAGAGUUUAUUAUAAAUUGCUUUUUUGUCUAUUCAGUAGUUCAUUAGCUAUUCUUGAUUUAACUGUUCUUAUCACCAUUUACUUCACCAGCUGUUUUACUCUGGUUGUUUAAAGCUUUAUUAACCUCAAUGGUGUGAUGUUUGGUUCCUACUCUAUAAUACGCUCUUCCAAUGUAGACAAGCAACCUCAACCUGGAUAAAGUACACCUCAUCACAGCUCAACACUUGGGGAUUCUUAACCUUUUUAUUUGAUCAUAUUGUUAAAUUAUCUAUUGGAUUCAAUCAAUCUGUCUCGAUCAACUCGUCAACUCAUGUUAAUCAUGAUUGAAAUAGCUUUACUCGUAUGUGAAAAUCAGCAAUUAUAACCAAAAAGGAGCAAUGGUGACAUUAAAAUUGCGGCGAAGGUGUCGUAGUGAUUUAAUCAGAUUAUCUUUUCUUCUCAUAUCAGCAGUUUUUGUAAUUUUCUUGCUUUCCAAGAGUAAAACAAAUGAUCAAGAUUAUAUGAGUGAUGAUAUAUUCGGCUCAUCAAAUGGUCUUGAUAGGAAUAAUGAAGCUUUAAUCAAAAGCAAUCCAACUGUGAUAAAACAACUGAGUGCCAAAGAAGCUGAAUUAUAUCAUAAACUAAAUCCAGUAAUCAAAGGAUGGGGAGAGGAUGGAAAACCCGUAUACAUCACUGAUCCUGAAGAGAAAACCUUGGCCAAGAAACAAUUUGACAAAGGAGCUUUCGAUGUGUAUAUUAGUGACCGAAUCUCACCAAACCGUUCAUUACCCGAUCCACGUCCAAACGAGUGUGCAGAAGUCUCUUAUGAUUACUCAAAAUUAGGAACUAGUUCAAUUGUUAUCAUAUUCACCGAUGAAAUCUGGUCAGCUUUAAUUCGUACCAUUUGGUCAGUCUGGAAUCGCACACCUCAUCGUUUAUUAAAAGAGAUAAUUCUUGUUGACGAUGCAUCCAAACAAAGUGAACUCCAAGAUACCCUCAGAAAUUAUUGUUCCUAUUAUUUUGGUGAUAAAGUUAAAUUAUUUCGCUCAGAUAAACGUAUUGGCCUGAUUCGUGCCCGAUUGAUGGGGGCUAAAGCAGCGUCUGGCGAUGUUAUUGUCUUCCUAGAUUCACAUUGUGAGGCAACUAAUGGCUGGUUGGAACCAUUAAUGUAUACUAUAGCUCAGAAUCCGAAACACGUCGUUUGUCCAGUUAUUGAUGUGAUUAGUGAUAAAACAUUGGCAUAUAAUUUUGGAACUCCAUAUUACUUCCAGAUUGGUAGCUUUACCUGGUCUGGUCAUUUUACAUGGAUGGACUUGGAUGAGGAAAAAUUGCUUGCUAAUCCAACUAAGCCAGUUGCCUCACCAACAAUGGCCGGUGGUUUGUUGGCUGUUAAUCGUAAUUACUUUUUCUCAAUUGGUUCCUAUGAUGAAGCCAUGGAAAUCUGGGGUGGAGAAAAUUUAGAAAUGUCUUUCCGUAUCUGGCAAUGUGGUGGCAAUUUGUCGAUUCAUCCUUGUUCCCAUGUUGGUCACAUUUUCCGUGAUUAUCAUCCUUAUUCAUUCCAAGGCAAAGAUACUCAUGGUAUUAACACACUAAGAACCAUGCUUGUUUGGAUGGAUCCAGCAUAUCAACGUUACUUUUUCAUGCAUCGACCUGACAUGUUAAAGAAAAAUGCUGGCGAUUUAACGGCUCGUUUGGAGCUUAAAGAACAAUUACAGUGUAAAUCUUUUAAAUGGUAUUUGGACAAUGUCUUUGAGGGACGUAAAUUUAUUUAUGAUCAAAAUGCUGAUGGUUGGGGAACUGUUCGCAAUCGUAAAAGUGGCCUUUGUCUUGAUACUCUUAAUGAAAGUGAAGAGAAAACUUAUAAACUUGGCCUUUUCCCGUGCGAAGCAAGACCUGAUGAUCAAUAUACUAAUCAAUUCUUAACUCUUACCAAUGAUGGUGAAUUGCGAAGGGAAGAAGUGUGUGCAACUGCAAGUGAAAAAGAUGGUUACAUUAAAAUGGAGAAAUGUAUGAUUGUUGAUUUUGCGACCAAAAAAUCUCGAGCUGCAAUGGUCCAAGAGAAGAAGAAGCAAAGAUGGAAACACUCGAAAAAUGGUUUAAUUGUUAAUGGUGCUUUUGGUCAGUGUUUAUCAGCAAAGCGACUUAAAUCAAUGUCUAAAAUCAAAUUGGUCGACUGCAAUCCUUACGAUCCAUACCAAAAAUGGAAAUUUCAAACUUAUGCUUCUGUUUAUUUAACUUAGGAUCUGUUCAAUUUCGUUUUUUUUAAUUCUAUUAUUUAUUGAUAUUUCUAUUAUUAAUUCAAGUUAUUAUUCGAGAUUCCACUUUUUACAAUCUCUAUUUUAAACCCAAGUGCAUUAUUUAUAUGAAGGUUUCCAUAUUUUAUUAAUAAAAUAAUUAAUGCAAUGUUUGCCAAUGAUCAAA